UCUCUCAAUAUGGUCUUGUAUCUGGACGUUGAAAAAACACUUUUGGUCUUGGUUUUGGACCGAUCAGGAGGGCGCCAUGGUGCAUAUACAGUCAUGUCUCGCUUAUCCGGAGUUCAGAUAUCCGGAAAUCUCGUUAUCUGGACUACAUUACCGGGAACGAACCUGCUACCAUUGGAUUUUGUCUCGGUUAUCCGGAAUUCAUUAUCCGUAUCCAGACAGCAAGUACGGGGAACAAUCUUCCAGGACCCAUGUUAUUCUGAUUCGCUUAUCCGGAAAAGUGUCAACGUCCUCUGUCCCUGAUUCGCCGAUUUCCCCAAAUUUCUUAUAGCAGCCUGUACGCAUAAGCCUGUCCUGCAGAAUGGACCGCUGGAAGCGCGAAGAAGGUGCUAAAGAAAGAUCGACGACAACCGAGUAUCUCAGAUUGCUGUACUCCACGUACUGCCAAGCAGUUCGUAAAUCCCCUCCCAUCUUCGGUCUGGGAAUACUCUGCGACCCGGAUACAUCCAGGGUACGAAAGUUGGUGUGGAUCCUGGUGAUGUUACUCUUGGGUGGUGUGGCCACGAUUGGCUGCGGCUGCAUCAUCGUGGAAUACUUGGAGUACGACGUUACGGCUACAUUUCAAAGGCUCUCCAAUAGCUCCAUGAGUUUCCCCGACGUCACAAUCUGCAACUCCAAUCCGUGGAGAAAGAAUCAACUCUGCAAAGAGAAUUCCUGGACUUUGGUCGAUUUUAACCUGACUUCCCAGGCAUGCAGUCCUGCGGCUGAGGACUUGAACUUGACUUACAGAAAGAAUCUGAGCCACACUUUAAUGAUGUCUCUCUCCAAAGGCGAGACAGAAAAGUGUUCCGAGGAGUCGUCCAGGAUGAGCCACCAGUUGGAGGACAUGCUUGUGGGCUGCGAAUUUGAACACCAUGACUGUCGGGACAAGCGGUAUUUCAUGGAAGUUCCAACGACAUCCGGCUGCUGCUACUGUUUCAACUGUGAUGCUGAGCCUGAUAGCCCCUUCUUGACCGUUACGCACUCCGACCAUCCGGAACACGGUCUGGUGCUGACUCUGGACACCGAGGUUGAAGAAUACUUGCCUAUCUCCCGAGAACCGGGUUUCGUGAUCAUGGUUCACGAGCACGGAACAACUGCUGUUUCCUCUGCAGACGCCGUAUACGUGGCAGCGAAUAUGAUCACCUACAUCGGACUUACCGUGAUGGCGCUGAAAGGUUUACCGCCACCUUACAAGAAUCCAUGUUCGCGUGACUGGCCCAAUCGACUCUUACGGUACAUGGUGCAUGUACCAAAGUAUACAAAGGAGGACUGUCUGUCUACAUGCCUUCAAAUCGUCCUGAGCAACGUCUGCCAGUGUGAAAUGCUGGACUUACCCACACUUAGACAGCUCGACGAGACACCUAUUACGUAUUGCGACGACGAGUACAUGGAGUGCGUCUCCGGUGUGCUGCACGGCGAAAGCUGGGACAACGUUCGGUGGGGCAAGUGGGCCGCUCGUGACGCGUCUCCGAUGCGCCCUUCCGGCAACCGCUCUUCGACGUCACGUGGGAAGGUUGGUGUGCAUCCCUUCAACGACACUGUCAUGGACACAAUGGAAAGCGUUUGCGGGUGUUAUCGACCCUGCGAAUCUUUAAUUUAUGAUCGUCGAGUGACAACAUCGCUGCUUCGUUCUUCCGAGGAACCGUCUGACUCAGAAGGUGGUAUCAAUAAAACCAGGUCUCUUGCUACAGUGGUCGUGUAUUUUCGCUCAUUCCAGUAUGAUAGUGUCACGACCAAUCCAAAGUAUAACGCAGUAGAACUCCUGAGCGACUUGGGAGCCAUCAUCGGGAUGUACAUGGGCCUAUCCUUCUUCGUAUUCUUCCAGUUCUUGGAGCUAUUUGUCUUCGUCCUGUUAAGCAUUCGCAGAAGAGCUGCCGGAAAGUUCAUGCAGCGUUGACGACAAUGGAGCUGCUGUGUUUACGUUCAGUGUGGAAGUAAUUUUUGAAGUGCUCGCUAACGGAGGCGGACUCUAAUCAUUGAACGGUUAUCUUUUUCCGUGCAUUUUUCCGAAAGUGAGAAUGAAGUUCCUUUUGGUGAAACGCAGAAACAGAACUCCUACGUACAGAGUGGGUGUAAACAAGAUGAAAUGACUUGCAAUGCGAGAGAAUAUACUGAAACCUUCAGCUUUUAGAA